UGAUUAAAGACGAAAUAACCUAAAUUUGUACACAAUUAUUUUAUAACUAUGGGGGUAUCGAAAGUGUUGGGGUUUAAGCGAGUCCAACAAUGGGCCACGUUUGCCAAGGUUUGGCAUGUUUAUGAUUGCACGUGGCAAAACCCUUUCAAAUCAGCUGAGUUGAUAAAAACAUACAUUAUGGGUUUGCAUAAGCCUAUUUACCAUCCCUUAAAUUAUUGUGGGGAUCAUGUUGUCUUGAUUAAUAGUAAAGAAAUAGCCCUUCCCGGCGAUGAAUGGCGAAAGAGAGUUUAUUUUCACCAUACAGGAUACCCAGGGGGCGCUUCAUGGACUCUAGCUUGGGAAUUACAUGACAAAGAUCCAACUUUAAUAAUGAAAAAAGCAGUUUAUAACAGUAUGAAAGGCAACCUACAAAGACGACAUGUUAUGAACCAUUUGCACAUAUAUCCUGAUGAUAAUAUACCUGAGGAAAUUAAAUGUAAUAUCACUAAUCAAAUAAGGCAGUUAAGGCCAGUGCCAGUGCGAUUAAGUGAUAUACCAGAGGAAGUUAUUAAAAAUUAUCCCAAAGUUAUAGAUUGGCCUGAAGAUUAUGUACUUAAAUAAUGAAUAAAUAAUUAAAAUUGCUAUUAAUAGUUAAUAUCUUAAUUUCUCAGAUUGUAAGUCUUUAUAGGUGUUUCAUUUUCCCUGUACAUGAACCAAUAAGUAAAUAGUUACUUGUGAAUAAUGUUAAAUGUAUCAGAAUAAGCAUAAAUUAAAGCUUAUGAUAAGAAUUUGUAAAUAAUGUUGCAAAAAUUAAUAGACUAAAUAUAUCAAAAUAUGAC